AUACAUACAUACAUACAUACGUAUGCAUAGGUAAGAAGAGGAAUUCAAAGGAUAGCGCAAAGCUAACAUUGAAGCCAAAUUAUCUGACAUUUAAUCAUCUCUUGCAACUUAUAAUAAGCAGUUACGCUAAGAACAGUGACUAAAGUUAUCACACAAACACACACACACACACACACACACAUAUAUAAUACACGAGAAAUAGUGUUAUAUAAAUUAUAUAAUUUUCUUAAGAAACACAGUGACACGCAAGUUGAGAGUGAAAACAAAUCUGCGGUUCUUGUAAUAUUAUCAAUACUUGUUUUUUUUUUUCUUUUUGUCUUUUAAUAAUACGAGACAAUUCAUAACAAUCCAGUCUGUGAGAAGCUGUGAGCUGGCAGAAUCGAUAGUACACCGGGCGAAGGUAUUUUCGCCUGAGGCUACAUUCUGGGUUUAAUUCCGCCGAAGUCGACUUUGCCUUUCAUCCCUUCGGUGUCGAUAAGAUCAAUUAGGUACCAAUGAAACACUGGAGUCAUUAUAAUCGACUCUAAAUGUCAACGCGUUGUGCCUCAGUAGAAGGGAUUAUAAUGAAGUCCGUGUAUUCAUUAAUUACUUCAAGCAAUACCCCCGUCAUUAUUGAUGCCUCGAGAACACCAGCGUAUAAUAGGCGCAGGCGUGGCCGUGUGGUACAAAGUUUGAUUCCCAAUCUCAUGGUCCCGGGUUCACAGCCAUAGAGUUCCCAACCACAUGGUUCUGGGUUCUCAACGACAGGGUUACCAACCACAUGGUUCCGGGUUCUCAACCACAGGAUUCCCAACCACACGGUUCCGGAUUUUCAACCACAGAUUCCCAACUACAGAUUUGUAAAUGACCGAUAAGAAGCGUUUUAAAGUAACGAUUUCGAUGUUAACCGUUUCUUUUGAGUUAACACUUCAUUUAACAUAAUAUGGAAAAUUGCCUCUUCGAUCUGUUCAACAUGGUUUUUAGCGAAAGUAAUUAAACAGCAUGAAUCAUAUCACUCGCGGAACGACCUGAAAAUUAGCGCACAAACGUUUACAGUUUCUAAAUAUGACCCGGAAAACAGGUACAAUAUUGAUCGGCUGUUUUCCUUUUAUUGAAAAAUCUAUUUUGUAAUAGGCUUGAACGAAAAAGUUCAAACAAAACAAAUUGAUAUGGUUCCAAGUAAAUGUUGUCGUUUUUUACUAUGGAUACUGUUGAUAUUUUUAGCCGUAAUUAUAAUACAAUUACCUCAUCGGCACUCAACACUUAUUUCUAAAGAAUGGUUGUAUAGCAUGUCAGUUAAAACCAAGAAUAAAGUAAUACUUUGGAAUCAAUUGAACUUUAAUGUAGAUCUCAGUAAGAUUCGUGCCGUCAUACAUUACCCGGAAAAGUUAUCCACCAAUGAAGACGAAAAGCUACUUCAAAUUUAUCCGAUAGACUUAAAUUCAAUAGAAAAGGAAAUGUUUUUACGAACGGUUUCAAUAUUUUCAAGUGCGCUUUCAAGUGCCAAUAUCACACAUAUGGUAUACGGUGGUACAGCUAUUGGGUCUAGAAGACAUCAUGGUUUUAUACCAUGGGAUGAUGAUAUUGACAUCUGGAUAAACAAAACAGAAAAGACAAAAUCUAAAAAGAUUUUAAGUUCAAUACCAAAAUUCGGUCUUUUUUCUCCGAAUAAUUUUCAGUGGAAAUUCUUUUUUAAAAAUCUGAACACAUUAAAAUCGAAACCAUUCAGAUGGCCUUAUAUAGAUAUAUUUUACUUUGAAGAAAACGCAACUCAUAUCUGGGACGAACUGCCCCCACAUCGUACGCGGUAUUAUAAAAAAUCUAUAAUAUUCCCUCUUUAUAACAGGAUGUUUCAGUCAAUCAAAUUACCUACCCCCUGUGCGAUAGAUAAAUUUGUUGGUGAAUCCGCAUUAAAGAGUUGCCAGUCUUCGUCAUAUAAUCACAGAAUGGAAUGGGUUCUACCUGCUAGAUUUCGUAUGACGAUACCCUGUAGUAAACUGUAUCAUCUACAGCCAUUUGUGUUUCGAACAAAGCACAAUGAAACACAUCAUAAAGAGGAAUUAAAGCAAAAUGACACACUCAUACACAAGAUAUUUGUACCAACUAAUUUAUGCGCUACAUGAAUAAAAUCAACGAAAAUGA